AUGUCCCCUGCCACCCCCGACGCGUGUCCCCGUGUCCCCCGCCACCCCCGACGCGUGUCCCCGCGCCCGCAGCAAGGGGAGCUGGAGGCCUGGGCCGCCCGCAUGAACGCCCAGUUCGAGGAGGCCGAGCGCUUCGACCUCGUCCCAAUCAGCGCGCGCCGAGGUGACCUCAUCCCUCAGCCGGGCCCGCCGGGGGGCGGGGUCUGCGCAGGCCACGCCCCCGCGGGGAGGGGCUUGGGGGGAGCCGAGCGACAGGUCGGGGCCGAUGGAGCCGCGCGGAGCCGCCGAGCUCGACUUCGGGGGGGCCUGGGGCGCCGGGGCGCUGACGCUGCUGCUGCCGCUGGCGCUGGUGCAGCUGGUGGGGACGUGCGGGGCGGCGCCGGGGACGGGGACGGGGACGGGGACGGGGUGGGGGCUGGGGUGGGGGCCCCCCCCCGCCCUGCCCUCCCCCCCGCCGUGGGCCUCGUCCUCGCCUGGGUGGCCUCGCACGGGCUGCUCUGCCUGCUGCCCCCCCGCAAGGUCACUGAUGGCCCCGACCCGGGAGGCAGCAACGGGAACCCGCACGGCCUCAGUGGGGUGGCGACGCUGGGGGGGGCCCUGGGGGGGGCCCUGGCGGGGGGGCUGCUGCCGCUGCCCCCGCUGCCACAGCUGCUGCCCCAGCUGGCGACCGCCGCCUCCGCCCUGGCCUUCGGCCUCGCCCUCCUCCUCCACCUGCGCGGCCCCCGCCGCGGCCCCGGGGGUCCCGUGUACGGGUUCUUCGUGGGCCGCGGGCCGGGUCCCCGCCUGGGAGCCCUGGAGCUGAGCCGCUUCUGCCGCCUGCGCCCCGGCCUGGGCGCCUGGGCGGUGCUGGACGCGGCGCUGGUGCUGCGGGAGGCCCAGCUGCGGGGGGGCCCCUCGCUGCCGCUGGCGCUGGUGGCGGCCGGGCAGGGCCUCUACGUGCUGCAGCGCCUGCGCCACGAGGCGGAGGAGGGGCCGCCCGAGGCCUUCGGCUUCCUGGGGGCCUUCGGGGCGCUGGCCUGGCUGCCCUUCGGCGCCAGCCUCCCCGCCCAGUUCCUGCUGGCCCGGCCCCGGCGCCUGGCGCUGCCGGCCGCCGCCGCCCUCGUCCUGCUCUACGCCCUCGGCUUCGUGAUCUUCCGCGGCGCCAAGGCCCAGAAGAGCCUCUUCAGCCGCGACCCCCAGGACCCCCGCGUGGCCGGGCUGCCCACGGUGCCCACGGCCACGGGCCGCCUGCUGCUGGCCGGGGGCUGGUGGGGGCUGGUGCGGCGGCCCGACGACCUGGGCGACCUGCUCAUGGCCCUGGCCUGGUCCCUGCCCUGCGGCCUGAGCCACCCGGUGCCCUACGCGCCGCUGGCGGCGGGGGCGGCGCUGCUGGGGCUGCGGGCGGCGGGGGACGAGCGCCGCUGCCGCCGCCGCUUCGGCCUGGCCUGGGAGCAGUACUGCCGCCGCGUGCCCUACCGCCUCGUGCCCUACGUCUACUGAGGGGCCCCGGCGUCCGGGAGGGGCCCCGGCAUCCUGGGACGCCCUCCUCCCCUCCGAAUAAACCCGCCGGGGAUGAGAGCGGCGGCGACCGCCUGCGCGUA